AUGGGACUAUACAGGACAUUAGCUAUCGUCUUUUGUCUUGCAAUUUCUGGGAUAGUAAUCAGUUCCGUAUUGAUAUUAUCACUCAUUCCACUCUAUGUUCCAUCAAGAGAUUUAAUUGUUUCAAAUAUAGAUAAGACACGAUCAUUUCAAUGCAUUUCUCAAUUUUCUAAAAUAUCAAAGCGUCAAACUUUAACAGCAUAUGUUGAUCCAGUAGAUGCAUCUAGUUUUCCUGUUUUACAAAAAUUUAUUCGAAAUGUUUUAACAAAAUGGAGUAAAGUACCAAGAAGUGUUAUAGUACAUGUUGAAGAAGCAUAUAUAGAUUUUUCAGAUAAUACAUUAUAUAUGUUGGGAAAUUAUAUAUUUUCAAUUUUUUGCAAAGAAUCAUGUCAAAAUCAUAUAAUUAAUUCCCCAUUAAUAAUUAGCGGUCAAAUACAAACUUUAAACAAUUUCUCAAUUUUUGGUCUCAGUAUAGAUGUUCGCAUAAUGAUUCAUAAAAAUAUAAAUAAUUUAAGAUUACGAAGUUUAUCAUUUGUUAGUGAGAACCUUACAGAUCCAAUCAUUUUUAAAUUUACUAUGAGACCAACGUCUAAGAUUCUACUACAUUCUCAACGGCGACAAGUAGCUAAUACUAAUGAAAAUGAGUCGGUAUAUAAAUUGAUCCGACAAAUGCUUGGUCUUACUAAUAAAGUUCGAAACAUUUCAUUUAUUAUUACUGAUUUCAAUUUGGCACAAGGAAAUGGUUCACCGCAAUUAUUUGUUACAGUUCGACUUCGGCAUCCAAUCUAUUGUACAACAACAUGUAUAGAUGAAAUUAUUGAUGAUUUGUUUGAAACGCUUCUCGGUAGCAGUCAAAUCAAUGGUUUUACUUAUACAAAUGGAAUCACAACGUAUAUAAUAGAUAAAAUUGAUCUUAUAGGAGUUGGUAGAUCAGCUCCAGCUUCUUUCUUCAUCUUAAGCUACCCAAUAGAAAACAUGACAAAUAUUACUGAGGGUCCAAUUACUGACAGAACGUCACUGAUUAAUAUAAAAAGCGGCAUAGAACAAUCACUUAGUCCAUCGAGGGACAUCAAAGUUCUAGGAGCAUCUAUUGCUCGAGAUGAAACAUCUAUGGCAAAAGCAUUGUCUGUGGAACGACGCAUUCGACGGCAACGUCAAAUUCGAUAUCUACUUAUUGUUAUUAUUCGGGGUGACAUAUUUAAAUUACUAAAACCGCAGAUCCAAACAAUUCAAGGAUUUACACUAUCAUCAACUACAGCGACUACAAGUACAACGACAAGAAAUGGAACAAUAACGCCAAUAACAAUACCGAAUUUGACAACCCCAGGUUCAGAAGGUUCAAACACUACAGCAGUACAAGGCACAAGAUAA